AUGGCGGGCUGGGGGCGGCUGGCCCGGCUCGGCGGCACGGCGGGCUGGGGGCGGCUGGCCCGGCUCGGCGGCACGGCGGGCUGCGGGCGGCUGGCCCGGCUCGGCGGCACGGCGGGCUGCGGGCGGCUGGCCCGGCUCGGCGGGCGCCUCUGGGCGGCGGCGGGGCCGGCUCCCGGACACAGGGAUCAGCUGGGCUUUAUAGUCAGAUACAUCAGCAGUUCAACAUGGUGGCACGAGCAUCUUUCUGAAGAGAAUGUGGAGUUCCUCAAGAAGAUAACUGCAGAGGAGUACAAAGCUCAGACAGCCAGCAAGCUGUGCCCUCUGAAAGAUGAGCCAUGGCCACUGAAUAAGUGGACGCCAGAUUCCAUCAGAGUUGGUGUUGUUGCAGUAAAACUGGGAAUGAUGCCAAUAUGGACCAAAUCAGGAGAAAAACAUGCAGUCACACUACUUAAGGUUCAAGAUUGCCAUGUUUUAAGAUAUGUUUCAAAGGAAGAGUCUGGUGGAAAAACAGCUAAGCUGCUUGUUGGAGGCAAAAAUGUAUCUCCUUUUUCUAAACCGGAGUCUGCACAUGAAAUUUUUAAAGAAGCUGGAGUCCCACGGAAGCAGAAAGUCACAACUUUUAAUGUAACUGAUGAUGCCAUAAUUAAGCCAGGUACUCCUUUGUAUGCUGCUCACUUCCGCCCUGGGCAGUUUGUGGAUGUUACUGCAAAAACGUAGGUGCCUGAGAAUUUAUCAUGUCUUAAAUCUUUCUCAAAGAGAAUGCCUAUUUUUUUUCCCUCUAAUUUGGCUUGAACAUAUGGCUCACAAAAGCUGAAAUACAAUUGUAGUGGUA